AUGGAUGGAGAGAACACUAAGAUGGGGUACGCCUUCUUAGGCAAGGGCACGGGCCUCCUGGUAUCCGAACUGUGCUUUGGUCUCAUGACUCUGUCCACCGAUGGGAAGGGGCCAUGGGGUCUGCCCGCUGCCGACCAGGAGACCUCCUUUCGCCUGCUUGACUCCUUCGUCGCCGCUGGCGGCAACUUCCUCGACACUGCAGACGUGUACGGCAGCAGCGAGGAGGUGCUGGGUCGUUGGCUGACGCGCGAAGGCAACGAGCGUCGGCGCAACCUGGUGGUGGCGACUAAGGUGCGCGGCAAGACGGGACCCGGUGUGAACGACGUCGGGCUGAGUCGGCGCCACAUCGUCGAUUCGCUGGAGCGCAGCCUCGAGCGCCUGGGCUGCACGAGCCAUAUCGACCUCCUCCAGAUCCACUCGCCCGACCCGCGCACCCCGCUCCUCGAAACCCUGCGCACGCUGAACGACCUCGUGCGCAGCGGUAAGGUGCACCACAUCGGCCUGUCAAACUACCCGGCGUGGAUGGUGGAGAAGGCCAUUGGCUUGACCGAGCGCAUGGGCUGGGAGCCUAUUGUGAGCUUGCAGCCGCAGUACAGCAUGCUGUGCCGGUCCACAGAGUGGGACAUCAUCCCGCUCGCUCUGGAGGAGGGUCUCGCCGUGCUGCCUUGGUCACCGCUCAAGGGCGGCUGGCUGGCCGGCAAGAGGGACCUGACGAGGGAGGGACCCUCCGCGGGUUCGCGCGUGGAGUGGGCGCAGAACGCCGGGUGGGUCGAGGGCAACUUCGACUCGUUCAACACGCCCUACACCUGGCACGUGCUCGACACCGUCGCCGACGUGGCCGCCAAGACGAACAAGACGUCUGCACAGGUCUCCCUGAGGUGGCUGCUGCAGAAGCCCGGGGUGACGUCGGUGCUGGUCGGGGCGAGGACCGAGGAGCAGCUGAGGGACAACCUGGGCGCCGUGGGCUGGCGACUGGAGAAGCACCACAUGGACGCGCUCGACAACGUCAGCGAGCACCCGCCGCUCUACCCGUGGCAACCCAUCCACGACCGCGCGCCGCCACAGCUCUCGUGA